AUGGCUGUUACAUUUCCCAAGCAUCUAAAGCCCAUCGAGCCUCAAGGAGCCACCUUAUUGCAGCAAGAGCGUGCCAAUGCCACCUUUAAAUCAAGCGAAUUGAUGGAAUACAUCUACGGCAAGCAGUACCUCGAGACAAGAGACCGCAUCUUGCACAUUCUUCAAAAUGACCCUAUCCUUGGUGACAAGUCGCACCGCUACUACAAUGGAAGAGACUUUCGCUUUAAAAAGUCGUUGGCUGCCGCAAAGAGAAUGGCUGAACUCGUCAGAGAGCACAAGUGGACCGAUGAAGAGUUUGGUAUUGCUGAGUUCUUGUUUGACGAACCCAGCGCUUUCCGUCUUCACCGUAGCAUGUUUAUGCCUACCAUCUUGAAUCAAGGUACUGAGGAGCAAAAGAAAUUGUACCUGGAGCCUGCCAUGAGAUACGAAAUCAUCGGUUGCUAUGCUCAAACAGAGCUUGGCCAUGGAUCCAACGUGCGUGGCUUGGAGACGACAGCUACUUAUCACCCAGAAACACAAACAUUUGUCUUCAACUCGCCUACGUUGACUUCAUCAAAAUGGUGGAUCGGUGGUCUCGGUGUGGCUGCCAACCAUGCUAUCGUCAUGGCUCGCCUAAUCAGCAACGGAAAAGAUCACGGACCUCACCCUUUUAUCGUGCAGAUCAGAAACUUGGAAAACCAUCAACCUUUGGAGGGUAUCACUGUAGGCGACAUUGGUCCCAAAUUUGGAUUUAAUACGGUUGACAAUGGCUUUAUCCUAUUCGAUCAUGUGCAUGUGCCACAUAUUGCCCUGCUGGCUCGUUAUUCCAGCAUCAACAAAAUCACAGGCGAGUAUGUGACGCCACCCAACUCUAAAUUGGCUUAUGGCACCAUGGUGUUUGUGCGCGCAAACAUUGUUCUUGAAUCUCGUUAUGUGCUUGCAAGAGCUGCUACCGUUGCUGUUCGUUAUUCUGCUAUUCGUAGUCAAGGCUCAGAUGCUGCCAAUCCCAAACAGGUGACAGCUGCCGAUGGAUCUGUCAAGACGGUUGAAACACCUGUAUUGGACUACACUAUGCAACAGUACAGAUUGUUCCCUAUCAUUGCUCAAGCCUACGCAUGCCAUUUUACUGGUCAAGAAAUGCAUCGCAUGUACUAUGAAAAUCAAGAAAAGAUGGCUCAAGGUGAUUUCUCCUACCUAGCUGAUCUUCAUGCUUCUUCUUCUGGAUUGAAGAGUUUGACGACCACGUUGGCUGUCUCUGCGAUUGAAGAUUGUCGUCGUGCUUGUGGUGGUCACGGCUACUCUUUGUUCUCUGGCCUUGGCCAAUUCUAUCAAGAUUACCUUCCCAAGGCUACCUGGGAAGGCGACAAUUACUUGCUGACUCAACAAACUGCUCGCUACUUGCUCAAGACAAUGAGAUCUGUGCGUGCUGGUAAAAUCAAUGACAAGAACGCUACCUUCUCUUCACAGUAUAUUUCAGAGUAUCUCUCUAAUCCUCAGGCUCGCUGUCCUUUCACAUCGGUCCAAGAUUUGAGCAACCCUGAAGCAUUGCUAUCCGCCUUCAAAUUCCGUGCUGCUUUCCUUGUUGAAAAGGCUAUUUAUGCCAUCGAUGUAGAGCAAACUACUUGGAACGACAUGUUGGUUGAAAUCUACAGAAUCUCGCGUGCACAUUGCCAACUAUUGAUGGUCUCUAAUUUUGUGAAGGCUGUGUUCAAUGACAGUGCUAUGGCGAAAUCAGAUAUGGGUAGAGCACUUCAGCGUGUCGCUAUUCUCUUUUGUCUUUCCACGCUGGAACAAGAGGCUGCUGAUUUCUUGACCUCGGGCUAUCUCUCGCCUGACCAAGCAUUGAUGAUCAAGCAACACACCAUUGCUGUUCUCAAAUCCAUUCGUCCUGAUGUCGUUGCUCUUGUCGAUGCCUUUGGUUUCCCUGAUUAUCUCUUAAACUCGGCUUUGGGCGAAAAUAAUGGUGAUGUCUAUGAAAAGAUGACAGCCAUGGCUGAAAAAGAACCCCUCAAUCAAAGCAAGGUGGCUGAUGGCUAUGAGGAUUAUAUUCGUCCUCUCAUUCACAGUGGUAAAAGUGCUUGGAAGAUUGAUCAAAAGGGUGUAGCUAGACUUUAG